GCUCCUCGGUCCUAUCUCUUUAAAUGAGACAGAGCUGCUCCGCUCUGCGCGUGUGUGUGCGUGUGUGUGGAGGAGACAUUACGAGGAAGAGAGGGCCACUGUGUUGUGGAGGAGGAACAGGCGAUCGGAAACACAAACCAGAGGAUAUUUCGCUUCGAUUUCAGCGUUUUUCUGCAGAGGAUGCUGAGCGUCGCCUCUCUCUGCGGCUGAUUCGGAUUCCGGACCCGCGGAAGCUUCGCGUGUCUGCGGGCUGGGUGGGCGCAUCCCUCGCCUCCCGAUAGGACACAACGGGCAGGGCUCUGAUCAUUAUUUAUUUCGCUCUCUCCGCGCCGCAACGUCGGGAGGAAGGUGACCGACAGGCAGCGAGCACAGCCGGGCUGACCAUGGAUUAAUGCCCGAGAGGAUUUUCAUCUGAGAGGUUCCCGAUGUUGAACAUGUCCUCCCCCAGCGAGCUGAAGUCUCCCUGUGUGACUCGUAACGGCAUGGUGAAGCUCCCCCCCAGCCAGCCCAACGGCCUGGGCAGUGCCAGCAUCACCAAAGGGACCCCCGCCGCCAAGAACCGCCUGUGCCAGUCCUCCUCGGUACCCUCCAUCCUGCCCCCCCCGCCCUCCUCCCUGCCCUACCACCACCACCACCACCUGGACGGCCCCGGCCUGCCCCACCCAGCCUCCUCUCUGCUGGACAUGGAGCCCGGGAAGCCUCUGGUGGGCCUGAAGCCGUCCCUCCGUCAGCUGCCCCCCCUCACCCUCCCCAAGCCCCUGCUGCUGGAGCGCCAGCUGGUGCUGGACGAGAAGCUGCUGAACCGGCUGCUCUGGUACUUCACCACGGCCGAGAAGUGCGUGCUGGCGCAGGUCUGCAAGACAUGGCGCAAGGUGCUGUACCAGCCAAAGUUCUGGGACGGGGUGACCCCGAUCCUGCACGCCAAGGAGCUGUACACCCUACUACCCAGUGGGGAGAAGGAGUUCGUCAGCCUGCAGGCCUUCGCUCUGCGGGGCUUCCAGUCUUUCUGCCUGGUGGGCGUCUCAGACCUGGACAUUUGUGAGUUCAUCGACAACUACCCGCUGUCCAAGAAGGGGGUCCGCUCCGUCAGCCUGAAGAGGUCCACCAUCACCGACGCAGGGCUGGAGGUGAUGUUGGAGCAGAUGCAGGGCCUGAUGCACCUGGAGCUGUCGGGCUGUAACGACUUCACGGAGGCCGGGCUGUGGUCCAGCCUGAACGCCCGCCUCACCUCGCUUAGCGUCAGCGACUGCAUCAACGUGGCGGACGACGCCAUCGCUGCCAUCUCUCAGCUGCUGCCCAACCUGUCCGAGCUCAGCCUGCAGGCCUACCAUGUGACCGACACCGCCAUGGCCUACUUCACCGCCAAGCAGGGCUACACCACCCACACCCUGCGGCUCCACUCCUGCUGGGAGAUCACCAACCACGGGGUGGUGAACAUGGUGCACAGCCUGCCCAACCUGACAGCCCUCAGCCUGUCCGGCUGCUCCAAAAUCACAGACGACGGCGUGGAGCUGGUGGCCGAGAACCUGAGGAAGCUCCGCAGCCUGGACCUGUCCUGGUGCCCCCGCAUCACCGACAUGGCCCUGGAGUACAUCGCCUGUGACCUGCACAAGCUGGAGGAGCUGGUGCUGGACAGGUGUGUGCGGAUCACAGACACCGGGCUGGGCUACCUGUCCACCAUGUCGUCAUUAAGGAGCCUCUAUCUACGCUGGUGCUGUCAGGUGCAAGAUUUCGGUCUGCAGCAUUUGUUUGGGAUGAGGAGUCUUCGCCUACUGUCUCUUGCAGGCUGCCCCCUGCUGACCACCACCGGGCUGUCGGGCCUGAUCCAGCUGCAGGAGCUGGAGGAGCUGGAGCUCACCAACUGCCCCGGGGCCACGGCCGAGCUCUUCAAGUAUUACUCCCAGCACCUGCCGCACUGCAUGGUCAUCGAGUAGGACCGCCGCCAUCCUCCUACCUUCCUCCUACCUUCCUCCUCCUUACUCUUCAUCACUCUUUCAGUGCAGGAGACCGUACCGCUCCUCAUUUCCUGCCCCCCCUUCCUCGCCCGUCUUCCUCCUCCACCCCCCAUUGAGUAGACUGGCCCCCAGGCGGACAGAGAGGCAGGAGCGAUGGAACGUGUCGGAGCCGGAGGGCGGCGGAGCUUCAUUUGAGAAGAUGCUGGAGCGGAGACGUCUUGUCUGACAGCAGGUUUCUUUUUUUCAGAAUUAACUAAAGGUUUUCGUUUACGGGAGAGAGCUUCUCUAAAGACUUUGAUGAUUUUUUUUUAAGCUGAAUGGACAUAUCUAGAAGCAGCGGAGAGGAAAAGGGAAAUACAGACUUUGGUGUUUGAGCUGGUGGAACUCAUACACUAUAAACACACUCACACACAUACUGUAUAUGGUAAGUAAAACUCAGACCAUGACGUUUCUAUUUUCAUCACUCUGUGUAAUAUAUCUGCUGUUAUUUUCUUUUCUGAGGAGGUCUUAAAGGUCCAGGUUUCCCUUGUUUAGAGAGAGAUCCAUACUGCUGGAGAAACAGGAAACAGAGAACUAAAGAACAGGAAGUGAACGACAGGGAUGGAACCCUCUCUUUUCCCCACUUCCUGUGUGUGAAGUGUGUUUCCUGGACUCACAGGAUCCCCUCUUUUUGGGAUACCACCACCUUUUUCCAUUUCUGUGUCUUAUCAGAAAAAAGGAGACAAUUUGAAAAACAACAGUUUACAUUUCUUUGUGUUGGCGUUGAGUGGCUCAUCGUUUCUCCCUGCAUUUUUUGUACGCAUAUGAUUUGAUUUACAGAUCUGGAGGAUGGGCUGUAAACUGUAAACGUUUUGAACAGAAAGGCAGUUCAGACAGUCCAGACUGUCAUUCUUCAGAGUCUGCUGACGGUACCAGGCUUUCCUAUCCUAAAUUAAUCAUAUUGAAAACAAAGAGCUUGAUAUUUCUGGAUUGAAACUAAUAAAUACCUUCCUUUAGAAUGGGUCUGGAAGUGGCCUUUCUCUUGGUGAGAUCAUUUAAUCCAAAUUAGAGGAGAUCUGAUUUUGUAAUUAACCUCUAUACUGAUGAUAUUUAUUGUUUGAGUUUGAGCGUAUAUGUUUAUGAGGCUGCUAAUGCAUUGUGUGCCCCCCCCCCCCUCCUUAGCUAAGGCCAGGUUACUCCAGCUACAAAGGGAGGCGUUCAGUAUUCAAUAUCAAAGACGUGCUUACAGUGUCUGCUGCAGAACAGGAGCUGAGGGCCUUUUAUAAGCAAUGAAUGCCACUAACUGUUCCUACUGACCCAGAGUCAGGGAAACUUAGGAAUGGUGUUCGAUGUUCAUGUUUUGACUUUGUGUUUAACUCAAUACAUUGAAAUCAAUGGAAUCAAAUAACAGCCAUACAUUACAGUAAUAACCCGACAAAAGGAAAUACAUGUCUCUUUAUGAAGUAAUAACCCCCUGCACUUUGUAACAUUCUGCCUCAUUUGGUAAUCAACAGCUUCAAUGGAAAAGGUAGAAAAUGUUCCUGCAAAAAAUCUAAUUUAAUUUAUUUCAAAAAUGUUAAAACUAUUUGCUUUUUAGGUUGUUUAUAGAAAAUGGCAGCAUAUUUUUACAAAAUGCAGUUGUUAUAACAUAAUGUGCCUUUCUAAGUAAAUAUAAAAACAGGCAAAAACACAACAUAGGUUAAAAAUAGUAGCGCCGAUUGUUCAGGAGAAUGCUUUUAUUCAUUUUAAACCUGUCCCCAUGUUAUUUGUUGACUGACCCGCUGAGAUAUGUUUGAUGUAAUGAUAUGUGUUGAAAGAUGUUGGAGUAGCCUUUACAAUGUGCUUAGUCUCAUUACUAAUGGGGGAGUUGGCAGGAAACCAGCCUCUCCAACAGCACCACAGAUACAUGUUGAACACAGUGUUUUCAAACCUGAGCUUAAAUGUAGAUAGAGGCUAAUGCAGCAUGUACCACCUGUAACCUAAAUCAAAAUUACCAUUUUAAAUAUGGAGCCUCUUGUUGGGGAAACACAGUGAAGAAGGAAGUUACUUGAAAAGUUCAACUGUGUGUCUUAAGGAUGUUUUUUGGGUCUUGUUUUUUUGCAGCUCUACCUGGUUGGUCAAGUAAUGUUGACAGUGCAACCCAAAAGCUACAAACGAGACAGAAAGAGAGUUACUUGUCAGAUGAUCGGACUGGCUGUUACAAAGUUAGUCAGACUAAUCUGGAAGAAAAGUAGAAGGUCAAUGCUUGAAUUAUGAACCAAAGUUUAAAUGAAUUCUUAUUUUCCUCAGACCUUAGAUUGCACAUCUAUAAACUGAGCUAAGCUAGACAGAGCUUUGUAUUCAACGUUGUACUGCUAUACCGGUACAAAAAGGCUUCUGAAAGUGUGUCUGACUCUGGGUAAGUGGGCAAAGUCAAGUCUCUAAUAACCCGAUAUGGAAGAGGAUUAGGGCCACACAAAUUCAGACUUUAUACACAGAAUCCUGAGUCAAGUCAGAAUUCAGAGAAAGACAGAACUCAAUAAAUAUUAGUGCAACAUGACAGUUUUUUUAGUUCUGUCCAAAAUGAGUCAAAAUUGUACAUUUAAUGUAAGACUCCUGGCUUUAUUAUUAUAAUUGGGACUUAAAGGUCACCUAUUAUGCAAAAUCCACUCUUUCAUGUCUUUUAUACUUAAACAUGUGCAGGGCUGCCCCUCGCCAACUUGUGGCCCCACGCAAAGUUAUGUGAUGAGACCCUCUGUGUCGGCGAUACUGUGGCGCGUUUAAUUGCGCCGCAUUUACGCUUCAGAUGAUGGCCCCCUCCGCGAGGUGAGGCCCCACGCAGUCUGCGUGAUCUGCGUGUAGGGAGGGGCGGGCCUGAGCAUGGAAAGAGAUUCUGAAAGUUUCAGGAACAAAGAUUCUCUCUCUUUUUGUCCUGAUCCAUUUCUAUAAAAACCUGUCUGAAAAUGAGAUGAUCAGAUUUUGGCCACUUUAUGAUGUCAUAACGAUUUUUCGGCUUGUGUAACCAUUAGCCAAUC